AUGAACAGAGACUGGGCGAAUGAACAAGGCGCUCAAACAAGCAAAACCCCGACAUGCCUGCUUCUAAAAACAGGUCUGUCAUUUGACUCAUUUGGUUAUGACGCGAUGGAAAAGUACAGCAAUCUUCAAGAUGAAAGAGAAGAGAAAGAUUUUCUCUUUUUCAAACAUUUUAAAAUGACUCUUCACAAUGAGGAGGUGAGAAUGAGCUCCACUGAUCAGUUUCAAAGAUAAAUUAUAAAGACACAGACCGCACUUUCAAUUGAUUUUAGGCGUAAUUACCUACGCGAGAUGUUGGGAAAACAUAAGAAAAGUUUGUCAAUCACAAGCUGGAUGCCAGUCUAUUUCCACUGCUUUCAUAAAUAUGAUAUAAUUUAAUUUUCUGUUGGUUAGCCGGCGCAAUAAACGGUUUUUGACGAACCAGGGUGCCUGUAGUAUCUCGGUGAUACUUUUCACGUUCUAGAACAGAAGAGCGAGCAGACAAAAAUAGCUUUGUCUUAGCUUCCAGACUUACCCCAACCGUCCGGCCCGAUAGUUGUUACUUGAAAGAAUGAUGUUUUCUUUUUUUUAUUUUUUUUUUUUUAAAUAUUAAACAUAUCGUAUUAUCACAUUUAUUCCGACAAACACGUUUACAAAAUGCUUAUUAAUACCAGCGUAAGAAGCGCUUUCUCGACCUUAGCCCUGACUAUAAGUCCACCAUAGCUGUCAGGUUCAACCAUAAACUCGCUCAUCUUGAAGGACUUUGUCAUGGCGAAAGCAUUGGUAUAAAAUUUCAAUUCCGUCAUCUUUAAUCGUAUCAUCUAAAGUUUCUUAGAAUCUCUUCUUUGUUUAGGCGAUUGCAAAAAGAUAUGACGACAUAUUUUCCCUUAAACGGUGGGUUCAUUCUCUCCUAGAGUCUUGACAGUACGACUCUAAUAGAAGCAGCCAACGGACAACCUGUCAAGGCCAAGACAGUGUUUACAAGGUCCAUUACAUUUCUCAAAGACGAAGCCAUCAAAGUAAUUUGUCAGCGGACUGGAGAUGAUCAUUUCAGUCCAGACGAUGUCCAAUGGGUUCUAACUGUUCCGGCAAUAUGGACUCCAGGCGCAAAGCAGUUUAUGAGAGAAGCAGCUUAUCAGGUAAUGUUAAAAUAUCAUGUUUUAUCCAGUUCGAAAUGAAUGCCUCCAGAUCUUGAAUCUGGGUGUGCCCACAACUUUAUAUGAAGUCUGUUUAGGUGUGCUAAUCUUAUGGCAAACAUAGUCGUAACAUUUAAGAGAGUGUCUCUGUAAGAACGGUCCGGUCGAUUUUGCUUGAGACACGGAUUUCGCUCGUUUCUCGUGUGUUGUAAGACAUUCAUGUACCUAUACUAAAAUCACAAUCAGUUUGAUCGGAUCUCUUUAUUUUUCAGAGUUUUAGGGAAAUUAAAUUUCACUCGAGCGAAGGCUUGUCGUGACACUUUUCAAGACUUUAAUUUCAUACAACUUUGGAGGACAAUUUACAAAAAACUACGGAACUCAGCAAAAAACAAAUACCACAGCCAUGUAUAUUAACUCUAUCUUAUCUAUCGAGGCGACUUUCGUAACCAUCACGUGUCAAUCAAGGAAACAGGAAGACUUGAACGACACCUUAUCGGUUCGCCUAAAUCACACACGCCAAAACCGAUCAAAUUCAAGGUAAAUUUUUGAAAAAGUGAGGCGUUCUUAACUGAUCCAACUAACAUAGCUAGGAAGUAGGUGCCAUAGAAAAGGUAACUACAGAAAAAAACUUUGCGGCCCGACCUUUACGAGAACUUUAUAACUCCGUGAACCUACCUAAUUUUCGGCAAUCUCCAAGUUUGGCCGCCAUUUCGAGGGACUUGUCAACAUGAAGCGUAACCGAUAUAAAUCAAGCAGGUAGAUUUAAAACCGUCAGAAAUACAUACGAAAGCAAUUCAAAUGAACUUUACUUUCAAUUUAAGCGGCAAAAUUUGAAAUUGUUCGUUAAACUUACCAUCCCCAUGCGACCAUUUCUUCCAACAAUUCAAUCACUACAACUUUCUGAAUUCCCCUCGUCGAUUCCACCGCAAGAAAUAGCCUGUGCCACCCAAGCUUCGACUCGAAUGUGAAGUACGAAUCAAAUAACAUAACUGCUUCAUCUUCGCGGCAAUAUCACGCUGGUAUUUUGAUUUUCCGAGCGACAAGAACGGUGAUUAGAAUCGAUCGGUUUGUUUACCUGAUAGACGUGACCGCUGACCAGCUGCUGAGUGAAAACAGUACGGUUCAGUGGCGAGGGGCGGGGUGAGGGUGGGUGCGGGCAGAUUAUCAGAAAAUUUUUGGGAACAUUCGAACAUAUGCAUUAAAGUGUCAUGAUAAACAUUAGGAUUCUCAGCCUUAAUGCGAAGGCAUGCUUCGUGUUGCAGACAACUUUUAAUUUACUUGGUAUUCUUUUUUAUUUCAAAUACAUUUCGUUCCAAAUAGGAAUAGCAUCAGUUCAUAGAUUUAAAAACAAAUCUUUACCACGUAAAUAAAUGUGUUUAGAUAAUUGA